GCCUUCCCGGCGCGACUCCGGCGUCCCCCGCUCGCGCUUGAGUUUCCAAUGGUCGGGCGAAGCGAACGCCCAGGAAGGCUCGCCUGACAGAGCCCGGAGACGCCGAUUACGCAGCUGUAACUAUUCAGCUUUGAGCUGAUAUUAUAUCAGUUGAAGAGGCAACAGGAGACGUUACCAUUGUAUGUUGUCAGAGCCCUCCUACGAUCACCAAAUUUCUCUGGAAACAAGAUGACUUGUAAAAGCUAAUAUAUCAGGAUUUUAUGGAGGUUACUCUCCAGUAACUUAGAUGCAGAAGUAUGCAUCUAAAAUGAACACUUUUCCUGGAAGAGAAAUUUUGAAGCCUCUCAUGAGAACUUAUUUAAAAAUCCAGAUCUUUCAUCGGAAUCAUAUAUAAAGAAGUGAAUCAGAAUGUAUAUUAAUGCUAGAAGAGUUAGAAAAUGUCAGUUUGUGCAACUCUUUACCACCUGUUUUGUUCUGUGCCUCAUGUUUUUUUGGGAAGAAAUUGAUAAUGGAAUUGUGAGCCACAUGAAAUCUUACUCGUACAGGUACCUCAUAAACAGCUAUGCUUUUGUGAACGAAAGCCUAUCUAUUAGCAGAGACAACUUGGACAGGGCAGCAAGCCAUCGAUACUUGAUUAAUCACGAGGAGAAAUGUCAAGGGCAAGAUGUUCUCCUCUUGCUCUUUGUAAAGACUCCACCUGAAAACCGCCACAGGAGAGAUGCAAUUCGACAAACAUGGGGUAAUGAAAAAUAUGCUCAUUACUAUCUUAAUGCCAACAUAAAGGCCUUAUUUGUUUUAGGGCAACCAGGAAAUUUUGCACAGAGAAGUCAAAUGCAAAUGAGGCUGGAAAUGGAAGAUGAGAUGUAUGGCGAUCUGAUUCAACAAGACUUCUUGGAUACUUUCUACAAUCUUACCCACAAAUUACUGUUGCAGUUCAGCUGGGUGAACAACUUCUGCCCUCAUGCCAAGUUUGUUAUGUCAGCCGAUGACGACAUAUUUAUCCACAUGCCAAAUCUUAUUGCAUACCUCCAAAGUCUAGCACAGAUUGGCGCUCAGGAUGUUUGGAUUGGGCGUGUCCAUCGUGGAUCACCUCCCGUGAGGGAUAAAAAAAGCAAAUAUUACGUCCCCUAUGAAAUAUACCCGUGGCCUGCUUAUCCUGACUACACAGCUGGAGCUGCGUAUGUGAUAUCGAGCGAUGUGGCAGCUAAAGUAUUCCUAGCCUCACAGACUCUUAAUUUGAGUCUUUAUAUAGAUGAUGUUUUCAUGGGGCUCUGUGCCAACAAGAUGGGAAUUGUACCACAGAAUCACGUCUUCUUUUCUGGGGAAGCUAAGGCUCCAUAUCAUCCUUGCAUUUACAACAAAAUGAUGACUUCCCAUGGACAUGUAGAAGACCUUCACUAUCUUUGGAAACAGGCUACAGAUCUGAAAGUGAAAAAUGUUUCUUCUGGAGCUUGGGGUAGGAUAUAUUGUAGAAUGGUUAAUAUUAUGCUUCUUUGCAGAUUAUAUUUCCAGGAUACAUAUCCCUGUUCUGCUGCAUUUUCCUAAUACUUGAGAAAAUCAAAAUAGAUUUACUGAGCCAAAAAUGAAUAAGGAAAUCAACUGUUUUCUACACAACAAAUUCAAAUGAACACAGAAUAAAAAAAAAAUAAAAGCUUGCCUACAGAUUGCACAGUUGUUUCUCCAAAAGUACAUUAUAAUUAUAAAAACAGAUUUAUAAAAACAUUAUAAUAAAGUUUUCCACCAGAUAAUUUUAAGAAUUGGAUAGUUCUUAAAGAAAAUUAAAAUGUAUGCAUCUCAAUCUGGAACUAUAAAAUUACCAAAUGGAAAUGAAUUCUGCCACAGAUUGGUUUAAAAACAUACAUUUUCUGAUGCAGUAAAAUCUGUAGGUUACACAGAGAAAGAUAGGUCAAAGUACUCGCUGUGACAGUAUACUAAUGCAAUAACAUUUUCUUUCCAUACACGAACACAAUACUAUCACUUCUAAGCACACAAUUACAUUUUGAUCUAAUGUUUUUAGAACUGAAUGCUUGUAUAUGUUUCAUUAUAUGAUCACUCAAGAUGAAUUAAGAAACCUUGAUUCUAGGCAAGUGGUGCUACUGUUAACAUUAAACACUUUUAAGUGAAUCCUGCAAAGCUGUUGUCUCAAUAACAAAAGUUCUUGAGAAGAGAAAGUGCUUCAACUUUUCUGCGACAUUUCAUAGAUCUAACCUGCACAAUAAACAUAAACAUCAUAAAAUUGUGAUGGCCAUGCCCCAAUACACCAAUUUAUCUUUGAACAAAGGCCACGUUUUAUUUAUUCAGUUGAUGUUCACUGCAAAUGUAUUUAUCUCCCCAAUGAUUCACGUUAUUCUUGAGAAGCAAGAGAUAUUUUUAAGAGAUUAACACUGAAGUUACACUCCAAGAACACAGACAGGUAUAAACCCUGCAAAACACUUUUUAAAAAUGUUAUAUAUUUAAUUCCAAUUUUACUUUCAAAAGCUAUGAAAUCGGCGUGUAUGUGAUUAUGCAGCAUAAAAAUAUUUAGAUGUAAACUGUUUACAUCCAAUCUGUGCCAGUUUUAUAAAUAAGUAGUUUUUUCUUAACCAAAGUUUCAGUAACUUUACCAUUUACGAUCUUGCAACUAAAAACUUCUCUCUCCCAUUCUGUAUUUCUUCACUUAGUAUGAGUAAAAUAGCUACAUCUUCUAUUUACAGAAUGGGAUGAAACAGGGUCAUGUUGUCUGUAUGCCUCCAGACAUAUAUUUCUGUCGAAAAUUUUUGGAGGAACAGCUUUAUCGGUUCCUUCUUCUCUAUUUACUGACUUGUGGCAUGGAAAACAAGGCAAAUUUAAUAUGGAUUUUAUUGGGGGUGAGAUUUCUAUGUAACUCUAAUCAGUUUCAAAAUAACAUAAAGCUGACAACAGCUAGUGAUAGAUCAUAGACAUAAAAUGCUAGAACAUCCUGAUUUAGCAGUCAAGCAAACAUCUGAUUUGUCUGUUUUGUCAGUCAAAUUAAAUGCUUGCGUGUUUGCAGGAUUAUGAACUCACACUUGUAAGUUGUGUUAACUCCGAAAAGGCUGUACAUGGUUUUUUUUUUAUUUUCAGCAGGUCUGUUAUGUUUAAAAAGUAUUAGCUAGGCGUUAAGGAACAGAGUUGUAUACUGUUUUAGCAUAGAGAAGAAUGUUUAACCAUUUAAAGACAUUAUGAAAGCAACCUUUUUUCCCCCAGGAAAGGGAGCUAGAUGGUUUCUUAAACUUGGGAAUCUGAACAUUAUCUUUAAAAUUUUUAAGCUAGAAAUUCUUAGGUUUACGAGUGUUCCAGAUGCAAGGCUGUUAAUACUAUUUUUUUCUUUACUUCACACGUAAUUGCUUCAGCCUGAAUGGUCACUUCAGGUACCUGUUGUUCCACAACUGUUUGUUAAAACUAGUUUUUGCCUGUUUGGUUUGCAGCUAUUUGAUUUUUUUUAAAAAAAACUCUAAAAGUAGCA